GGCUAGCAGUGUGCUGGAAAGAGGCAUUUCCUGGAGAGAGAGCGACUGAUUCAGACUAGCUCACUGCCUUUGCCUUUGCUCAGCAUGGAAGCAGUCCACCAUCAGCUGCUCACACUUACUGGGGUUCUGAUCUGUUUCUAUAUUCUGGUAAAAUGGAUCAGAUUUGUGAAAUAUAUUUAUGCACAUUUCUGGAGCGCUUUGCCUAAGACUUUCUUUCGAUCACUGGGAGAAUGGGCAGUGGUCACAGGAGCAGGAGAUGGUCUUGGAAAAGCAUAUUCCUUUGAGCUGGCAAAACGUGGAUUAAAUGUAGUCAUGAUAAGCAGAACUCUUGAAAAACUGCAAAGAGUAGCUUCUGAAGUUGAGCAGACCACAGGUCAAAAGGUAAAGGUUAUACAAGCUGAUUUCACCAAAAAUUCAAUAUAUGAGAACAUCAAAAAGAGUCUGCAAGGCUUGGAUAUUGGUGUUCUGGUUAACAAUGUUGGAAUGUUGCAUAAUCCUCUUCCAUGCCGUUUCCUUAAUGGACCAGACACAGAUGAGAAUCUCAUCAACUGCAAUGUUAUUUCUGUUACAAAGAUGACAAGAAUUGUUUUGAAACAAAUGGUUCCAAGGAAAAAAGGUCUUAUUCUGAAUCUGUCCUCUGGUCUGAGUACUUUCCCUUGUCCAUUAUACACCAUGUACUCAGCUUCUAAGGUUUUUAUAAGUACUUUCUCCAAAGCACUGCAAGCAGAAUAUAAGGCAAAGGGAAUUAUCAUACAGGGCGUGGCUCCUUUUGGUGUUUCUACUCCAAUGACAAUGUACCAAAAACCCAGCCUUAUUACAAAGACAGCAGAAGAGUUUGUUAGUGAAUCACUGGAUUAUGUCACCCUGGGAGAUGAGAUUUUCGGAUGUUUAGCCCAUGAAAUGCUGGCAUGUGUCCUGCAGUUUGUCCCUCUAUGGGUGUUUCACAGCAACAUACUUCAGGAAGCAGUCCUGUAUGCAUUUACCCAUUAUCUGAAGAAGAGGUGGAGGAACCCCUAACAUGGUAAUUUUUUUCAGAAGAUGUAAAGCAGCAAACCCCAGCAGGACGGUUUGUCUGUCUGUGUGUGAAUGCAGAAGGGAUCAAAUCAGUUUGAGGCAUAGCUCCAUCAGAAUCACCUAUCAAGUCAUAAGUGCUUUGAUCCAAUGAAUUUAUUAAACAAAUUAAUUCCUGUCCCUUUCCAAAGAGUAUAACAUUUUCUUGAGCUGUUCUAGUGACUUCUGUGGGCCUUAGAAUAGUUCUAAGAAAUUUAUGUUACUAUUUUAAUGGAGGCCAAAAUACACUUGUUUGAUGUUCAUGAAUAAAACAAUAAC